AUGGACAAGAACAUGUUAGCCGAUUUGGAAUCGCUUCCUGAGGCAGAUAGGCAAAGAAUGUCUGGCAUGAUGGAACAACUCCAAAUCCGUGACAGUCUGAGAAUGUAUAAUGCACUGGUUGAGAGAUGCUUUACUGAUUGUGUUGACACAUUUAAGCAUAAAUCCCUGCAAAAGCAAGAGGAAACGUGUGUUCGAAGAUGUGCAGAGAAAUUUCUGAAGCAUUCUAUGCGGGUUGGCAUGAGGUUUGCUGAGCUCAACCAAGGAGCUGCAACGCAAGAUUGA